AUGAUCGUUGGCGGUGUUGAUGUUCCUCAGGGGCAUGUAUUCAAACUCACCAAGGUAUCGAUCAUCAGAGAAAAACAGACUCAGAGUUAUGUGCCCGAGGGCAUCCUACCAUUCAAUGACGAGGAAAAGGAAGGCAUAUCUCAGCCACACAAUGACGCCCUGGUAAUUUCUAUUUUGUUCAAUAAAGUUCGAGUUAAACGUGUUCUAGUGGAUCCAGGAAGCUCAGCAAACAUAAUCAGUUCAAGGGUUGUAGAUCAGCUCGGCAUGCAGGACCAAAUUAUACCUGCAUCUCGAGUUCUAAAUGGCUUUAACAUAGCAAGCGAAACAAUGAAGGGGGAGAUAAUCCUACCAGUGAAUGUGGUCGGAACCAUCCAAGAUAAAAAAUUCCAUGUUAUCAAAGGUCACAUGAGAUACAAUGCACUACUCAGGAGGCCAUGGAUUCAUAACAUGAAGGCAGUACCUUCGACCCUUCAUCAGAUGAUGAAAUAA